GAAGAUCAACCUGAUUCCUCAGGGAAUAAGGUGUCUCAACAGCCUUGCAACUCUCUACUCUUGUGAACAUGGUAAAUUCGCUGGAAUCGUCAACCCUAGCUUUUCUGGCAGAGUCUUAGUGUUCAUUAUGGAUGAAAGGCGAUUCGUUUUAUUUCCGCACUGGAAUACUGUCAUACCAAAGGUGUGAGGACUUUGGGAAAAGUUUUAUGUGUAGCGGCAGUCAAGGACCUCAGGUCUGCGGGUCCAUGUUGAGACGGUGAGAAUGGCUUUCACAGCUAUAAUUCUCACUGUCAUAGCAGUCCUAGGAAUGUUAACCAGAUGUCAGGGGAGCCUGGUUAAAGACAACUCUCUACUGAGGUUCACCCAUCAUUUGUAUAAUGCGAGCAUUUAUGAGAACUCUGCCCCCAGGACCUAUGUGGAGAGCCCAGUCCGAAUGGGCAUCUUACUAUCUGAUCACUUCUGGGACAUCAAGUACAAGGUUGUCUCUGGUGAUGAUGACGGCCUUUUCAAAGCCGAGGAGGAAAGCGUAGGAGAUUUCUGCUUUCUGAGAAUCAAAACCAGAAGCAGUAACUCAGCUGUGCUGAACAGAGAAGUACGAGACAUUUACACUCUCACCGUCGAGGCUAUAGAAAGUACCUACGAGAACCGAGCUAGAACAAAGGUAUCGAUCCAGGUGCUUGACACAAAUGACCUGAAACCGCUCUUUUACCCUGCCUCUUAUCAUGUGCUAAUCAAAGAGGACACGCCGAUCAAGUCGAGCCUGGUGAGAGUGAGCGCAACGGAUGCCGAUAUCGGCAGCAAUGCAGACUUUUAUUACUCAUUCACCACAAGAUCACACCCAUUUGCCGUUGAUCCUUUCACGGGGACCGUUACCCUCGUCAAGAGACUAGACGCCAGUCAGAGAGACAGGUAUGACCUAACAGUGCUGGCAGAGGACAGGACAAAGAAAAUUUCUGGUGUGCAGAAGUUUGGAAAUGUAGCAACGGUUGUUGUGACCAUACAAAAGGUGGCAGAAAACUUUACCCUCAUUGCACCCACUAGUGCAGCGAGUCCACGAACGGAUGACGACAAAAUAAUCGUGAAUGUCAAGAUGGAACCCAAGGAGAAAGAGAAAGUGGCGUCUUUAAGUAUAGUUGAAGGCGAUCCACAAAAGAGCUUUCAGAUUAUUCCAUCUACAUUGCAUGAGGCUGGCUUUCAGCUUGUCUCAACAAAAUGGAUUGACUGGUCACAAAACCCACUUGGACUAAACAUUUCCCUUCAGGCCAAAGACAGAAGUAUCCCUCCUCUGCAAACACCAAUACAAACAGUGCAUAUCCCUCCUCCUCCGCAGCAAGUUAAACCCUUGACAUUUGAACAAGAACUCUAUUAUGUCAGCCUCAGUGAAUUUUCUCCACCGAAAAGUCACGUGGUUAGAGUAUCUGUAGGUUUGAGUUUCAAAAACACAACCUUCAGGAUCAAAGAAAACCCUGAUAGCAAUAAAUUCAAAAUCAGUGCCAAAACUGGUGUAAUUGUGACUUCUCAGUCCCUUGAUUUUGAAAAGCACUCUCAUUAUGAGUUUGACGUUACUGUGAACGACGGAGAAGCGGUUACCCGUGUCGUUGUAGAUGUAAUUGAUGAAAAUGAUAAUGCCCCUAGGUUCACAUUGCCUUCAUACCAGGCUUCUCUGCCUGAAAAUGCCCCAAUCGGAACAAGCAUCUUAGCUGUCUCUGCUAUUGAUGUGGACAAAGAUAUCAAUGGUUUUGUAACCUACGCUAUAGCAAACACCGGUCCCGUUCCUUUCAGUAUCGACCCACUGACCGGUGUGAUUUCGACCUCUCAGGAGUUCGAUUAUGAGCUCAUGAAGAGAUGGUACCACCUGAGAAUAUGGGCCUCUGAUAGCGGCAGCCCUUUUAACAGAGUGAGCGAAUGCUCUGCAACAAUCACCAUGACCAACAUCAACGACAACGCUCCAGUGUUUGAGCGGGUGGCAUGCAAUGCCUCCAUACCCAAGACUUCUGUGGGGAGGAGUAUUACAGAGAUGUCAGCACUCGAUCUGGAUGAGCUGCAGCAGAUCAAAUACAAGAUAGAAUCUGGGAAUGAUGACGGUCUGUUUACAAUUGACCCUGUUUCUGGCACCAUUAAACUUUUUAGAGCCAUUCCCUCAAAUUAUGAAGACACAUACUUACUUAAAAUAACAGCAACAGAUGGCAAACAUAGUGCCGAUCCCAAUACCGUGACCGUACGUAUCGCAGGCAAGGGCGAAGAUGCCACCACGUAUUGCGAGGAGACCGGAAUUACUAGGCAGAUGACAGAGAAGCUUAUUGAGUCGUUUAAGCCGUCUCUCACGGUCAAAGAAGAAGAGUCUAUCUCAGAUGUUCAUAUAAUUAACCAGCACUCUCCAAAGUUUAUCACGGGCACACCGAGCUCGAUCGACAUCAGGGAAGACUUUGCUCUCAAUAGAUCUGUGCUGCAGUUUAAUGCCACUGAUAAUGACUCUGGCUUUAACGGAAAGCUUGUCUAUGCAAUUUCCAGUGGAAAUGAGGAUGGAUGUUUUACUAUUGACAUGAACACAGGGGACCUGAAGGUUAUCUGUGCUUUGGACAGAGAGCAAAAAGAGUUCUACAUUCUCAACAUAACUGUGUACGACCUGGGAUCUCCACAAAUCUCUACGUGGAAGUUUCUUGCUGUUAGCAUUCUUGAUGCAAAUGAUAAUCCUCCAUUAUUUUCUCAGCCAAGAUAUGUGGUGAACAUCCCAGAAAACACAGAGGUUGACAAAAGCAUCUUCAAAGUCAAUGCAGUCGAUUUUGACUCGGAUGACAACGGAGAGUUUAAAUAUUCACUGUUAACCUUCACCGAUUUGUUCAAAAUUGAUGAAGUUACAGGAGUGGUGAAGGUCUCUGGGCCUUUAGACAGAGAGACCUUUAGUAGAUAUGAUCUGACAAUUGAGGCCAGAGAUCAAGCCAAACUGGACCCGCAACUUUUCUCGUUUGUAGAUCUGGUGGUUGUACUGGAGGACAUCAAUGACAAUCCUCCAAAGUUCGUACCCACAGUCUACAGGAUCAAAGUUCCUGAGGACGUUCCUCCAGGCACAGUGCUGUUAUGGGUUGAAAGCUUUGAUUUAGAUCUGGAGAGCGGAGGGCGCAUAAGCUACAACCUAAAAAACAGUGAAUCAGGGACGUUUUUCCUGGAUACAUCCACAGGCUGCUUGACUCUGGAGCGUGAACUGGACUUUGAAAGGCAGCAGUCUUAUAAUCUAACGGUUCGAGCUGUAGACCACGGAAAGCCCCGGUCUUUAUCGUCUUCAUGUUUCAUUGAGGUUGAAGUGUUAGACGUCAACGAAAACCUGAACCGGCCUCUCUUCACUCUUUUUGUGCAUAACGCAGCCAUUAUGGAGGAUGCUGCCAUAGGAACUUCUGUCUUAACACUAACAGCUGUAGAUAAUGAUCUAGGACGAGAUGGAGUAGUCAGAUACUACAUCCAUGAUGGUUCAGGGCUUGGCGUCUUCACGAUCGAUGAAGAAACAGGUGUUAUUCGGACCGCAGGCCUUAUGGAUCGUGAAGCUGUGCCACACUAUUGGCUGACAGUUUAUGCAAAAGAUCUGGGCACUGUACCACUGCUAUCCUGGACUGAGGUCUACAUCGAAGUUUGGGAUAUUAAUGACAAUCCCCCUGAGCUGUCCCAGCCUGUCUACUUUGGCUCAGUGCAAGAGAAUUUGCCAAAGGACAAAUCUGUUCUAAAAGUAUCUGCCACAGACAUGGACAAGUCCUCUGAGGGGAAGCUUGUUUUCCAGAUCCUUGAUUCUCAACGCAUAUAUUUCACCAUAGACCCAAAAACAGGUGUGAUCAGCACCCUUGCUGCUCUGGACCGGGAACAAAAAGCAGAGCAUAUCAUUGAGGUCAUGGUAUCAGAUGAAGGGGCUCCUCCAUUAAGCUCCACUGCCACCGUAAUCAUUGAAGUCCUGGAUGAGAAUGAUAACAGCCCUCAGUUUAGUCACAAGCUUUUCCAGAUAAAACUACCUGAACAGCAGAGCAUGGCUGAGCCUCAGGACAUCUACAGGAUGGUGGCCCGUGAUGAUGAUGUGGGGCCCAAUGGCAUGAUCACGUACAGCCUGGAAGACAGCAAUGACGAUCGGUUUGAUAUCCAUCCUGAGACCGGGGUGGUGACGGCCAGAGGAAAGUUUGAUCGGGGCAACUACAGUAUUCUGACGAUACUAGCAACAGACCAAGGCAACCCUCCAAGAAUGUCUAAGACCCGUCUGCAUGUUCAGUGGGUGCCCCAACCUGAGUCCAACUCUGAGGUACUGGCUUUUGAUGAGCCGCCCUUCAACUACGUGGUGAUGGAGACAGAUCCUGUCUCUGACAUGGUGGGAAUUAUUCGAACAGAGAUCUCAAAGAACCUGCUCUUUUUUGACAUUAUCGGUGGUGAUGAAGAGCAAGACUUCUACAUUGAGAAGAACACAGGGAGUAUUGUGAAAGCUAGACGUCUGGAUGCAGGCAGAAGAUCUCAUUACAACUUAACAGUCAGAGUCACAGAUGGAUUUCAGGCCAUAACCACUCAGGCCUACAUUCAAGUAGUGGAUAUAAAUGAGCAUCGACCCAUGUUCUUGAAGAGCCUCUAUGAAGUAAGGGUGCCAGAGGACACAUCUCCGUGGAAGGAGAUCCUUCACAUUAGUGCCCAUGAUGCAGAUGCCAACAGUGGACUCUUUUACACCAUCCAGAGCAGCCUCAACCCAGACAGCCUCAAGUACUUUCACCUGGACCAAAGGAGUGGUGUGCUAGUCAUUAAAGAGGAGCUAGACUAUGAGACCAUCUCCACUCAUACUCUGAUUAUAAUGGUACGAGAUGACAAGAUUCCAAUAAAAAAGAACUUUGCGAAGGUUGUUGUUCAUGUAGAAGACUGUAAUGACCACAUCCCAUCUUUUCUGAAUUCUCAUUAUGAGGGCUCCAUAAAUAAUCUGGCACUCACUGGCAUUGAAGUGCUAAGAGUCAAAGCCCUGGAUAAGGAUACAGGGAGCAAUGCGGAGAUUGUUUAUUCUUUUCACUCUGGUGGGAAUGUGGAUGGUGCCUUUGAAAUCGACAAGGAGACAGGAAGCAUUCGUGUAUUUGAUGCAUUGGACAAACUUCCGCAGGAGCGGUAUCACCUCACAGUAAAAGCCACAGAUCAGGGCUUUCCCCAGCGCAGUGCCCUCUGCCCUGUUACCAUCACUGUAAAGCUGUCUGAAUUCACACCACCCAAGUUCUCCUCCGAAGAAUACAUCACUGAGAUAAGUGAGGCCAUACCUCCUGGCUCUCCUGUGCUAUCUGUCUCCGCCAGCUGCCCGUCCUCAGUGCUGUACAGAAUCAAUCAAGGCGACCCCAAUGGGACAUUCCACAUUAACAUCAUCUCUGGACUACUAUCUGUCCAAAAUGCACUUGAUUUUGAGCAAAACUCCUCCUACCGUCUGCAAAUAAGAGCUACAAAUACAGCGGGAGUCUCAUCUGAUGCUGUUAUUUACAUUUAUGUGAUAGAUGAAAAUGACAACGCACCUGUUUUCCGUCAGGACACUUAUUACGGGCAGAUUAGUGAGUCUGCACCCAUAAACAGCAUGGUGACUGGUGAGAACAACACACCUUUGGUGAUCAAGGCGUCAGAUGCGGACAAAGACAAAAAUGCUCUUCUGGUCUUCCAAAUCCUUGAGCCUGCAGCACAGAAAGUGUUUAAAAUAGAUCCGAGUAUGGGUACCAUCUUCUUAAAGACUACAGUUGACUUUGAGACGACACCUGAAUUUUUCUUCAGCGUUCAGGUGUGGGAUUCUGGUGAGCCAUCGCUAAGUUCUUCCAAGCCUUGCAGAGUAAACAUUCGCGUAAUGGACUUUAAUGAUUGUCCUCCCAAAUUUGUUUUACCUGUAUAUGAAACUGGCUUGAGCUUACCAGUUUUUGAAGACAUGAAAGUGAUCCAAGUGACAGCUCAUGAUGCAGAUUCAGCAGUCACCUACAUGAUUUCGGAGAGUCGUAAUAAAAAUGCAUUUAAAAUAGACCAGUCCACUGGAAUCAUCUCAGUGAAUGAUUCAUCUGAACUGCAGUCUCAUAAUGAGUUGAAGAUAACUGCCUCCGAUGGGUUAUAUAAAGACACUACCCUAGUGAAACUCAAUAUCACCAAUGCAACAAAGACUAGUCUGAAAUUCGAGGACAGGAUGCAUGUAGCCACUGUACUGGAGAACACUACGUCUGUGAAAACUUUAGCUGUUCUGAGAGCAACAGGUAUCUAUCUGAACGAGCCCUUGCAGUACACUGUUUUGAACCCACAUGGGAAAUUUGUGGUGGUUCCAUCGUCUGGAGUCCUGCAGACCACCGGAGUUCCGUUUGAUCGGGAGGAACGGGAUGAGUAUGAUGUUUCCGUGGAGGUCCGAGACAUGAGGCAUCCACCACGUGUUGAUGUCACUCAUGUUAAAGUCUACAUAGAUGAUAUCAAUGAUAAUGCACCGAAAAUAUCAAAUUUGCCUCAUUCUUUGAUGAUAUCGGAGGAAACUGAACCAGGGGAUGUUCUCUUCCAAGUGCUAGCAACCGACGAUGACUUUGGUGAGAAUGGAUCUAUAAUAUUUUCACUGGAGGAUGAUUUCAAUCUCUUCCGGAUUGACUCUUAUCUCGGGGAUGUGUCCUUACAAAGACCUCUAGACUUUGAGUCUAUGAAUAAAUAUGUGCUCACUGUACUGGUAUCAGAUGAGGGUGAGCCGAGUCUGUCAGCCGCCGGGACACUCUACGUCCAAGUGCAAAAUCGUUCUCAUCCAAUAUUUCAAAGCCAGUACUACCCACUGAAAUUACCUGAGAAUAUUGCUCCUUUUACAACAAUCCUGCAUGUGCAAGCAAGAAACCCAGAAGGAUAUCGCCUUAUCUACAAUCUAGAGGAAGACAAUGCAUCCAGGUUUUUCAACAUCGAUUUCAAAACAGGGGUCUUAAGUGUCACUGAUUUCCUGGACUUUGAGACUCAAACAAAGCAUAUUUUGACUGUUCGUGCCACAGAUUCGGUGACGGGUACCUUUAGCGAAGCAGAAGUAGAGAUUGAUGUGGAAGAUAUAAACGACAAUGCCCCUGUCUUUCAGAAUCUGUCUUAUGUUACAGAUGUGUCUGAGGGCCUUCCAGUAGGCACAUCUGUUUUACAGGUCUCCGCUGUUGACAGAGAUUCAGACAGGAAUUCAGAUGUGACUUACCAAUUGAUUGACAAAAGUGAUUUUUUUGAAAUUGACCCACUAAGUGGGAUUUUGGUGACAUUGCAAGUAUUGGACUAUGAAACCAUGCCGCAGUUCACUCUGAAAGUUAAAGCCACGGAUAAAGGUGCACCACCGCUCAGUGGUGAGGCUCACAUCAUUGUGAACAUCAUAGAUGUCAAUGACAACCCUCCAGAUUUUAGUGAGCCAUCUUAUCGGGCCUCUCUUGAUGAAAUGGCCACUUGUGGCCACAUUGUUAUCAAAGUUCAGGCUUCAGAUCGCGAUAGUAAGGAUGACCUCCAAUAUAAGAUCCUAUCUGGCAAUGAGGGGAGAUAUUUCUCUAUUAAUGAAUCAUCUGGACUUAUCUCAUUCUCUAAUGUGUGCAAGAGAAAACUGGAUCCGUUUUAUAACCUCACCGUAGCAGUUUCCGAUGGUGUGUUUCAGAAGACUGCCCCUGUUAACAUUGACAUGACAAACGGCAACAAGCACAGCCCCUAUUUUAGCCAGAACAUUUACGAGGCAGAUCUGGCAGAGAACGCAGAAGUGGGAACUCGUGUGAUCCAGCUGGCUGCUAUUGACCCGGAUGAUGGGCCAUACGGCAGUGUAGACUACACCAUAAUUAACAAGCUUGCCGACGAGAAGUUCUCCAUCGAUGAAGAUGGACAAAUUGUGACUUCUCAGUCAUUGGACAGAGAAAAUCCAACGCAAAGAGUGAUUGCGAUUAAGGUCAUGGCCAAGGAUGGUGGAGGAAGAGUGGGGUUUUGCACUGUAAAGAUCAUUCUUACAGAUGAGAAUGAUAAUAUCCCUCAAUUUAAAGCCUCAGAGUAUCAGAUUUCCAUUCAAUCCACAGUAAACAAAGGCUCGCCAGUGAUACAGAUAAUGGCUUAUGAUGCAGAUGAAGGUAAAAAUGCUGAUGUCACUUACACAGUAGAAGAAGCGGAGGAGGUUACUGAAGAUGUUAUUGAGGUCAACCCUUUCACCGGAGUAGUCAGCGUCAAAGAGAGUCUGGUUGGUUUGGAGAAUAAGAUUUUCACCUUCAAAGUCAAGGCUCGAGAUGGAGGCAUUCCUUUUUACAAUUCCUCUGUGCCAGUACAAGUCAAGGUGGUCCCACCGGAGAUCGCUCUGCCCCGGUUUACUGAGCCAUUGUACUCUUUCUCAGCAUCUGAGGACCUCCCUAUCGGAUAUGAGAUAGGCACAGUGAAGGCAGAUGCUGACAUGCCGCUUAUAUACAGCUUGGUGAAUGGCAACACUAUAGACAGCAACAAAGAACAUGCUUUUGCUGUUGACAAAGAUAGCGGUACAGUUGUAGUGCAGAAGAACAUUGACCAUGAAAAAACCAAAAUAUACAAGAUUGAUGUGAUCGCUCAAGGAAAUCACAAUGGCACCGAUGUUGCAUCUCUUGUGUCCGUUCACAUAGAGGUUCAAGAUGUUAAUGACAAUCGGCCUAUGUUCGAGGCCGACCCCUAUAAGGCCUUCCUGGCUGAGAAUUUGCCCCCUGGCACCACAGUUAUUCAAGUAACAGCUAAUGACGCAGACACAAACGUCAACGGAGAAGUCUCAUAUACGAUUGAGCCAGAGUCAGAUGAUGUUGGCGACAUGUUUACAAUUGAUUCACAAACUGGCUGGAUUAUUGCUUUAAAAGAGGCUGAUUCUGAGACCAAACAGCUUCAUAGAUUUUACGUGGUGGCCACUGAUCAUGGUGACACUGUCAAACUGACCUCUUCAGUUCUAGUUGAGGUGACUAUCACAGAUGAAAAUGAUAACCCACCCCAGUUUACAGAGGAACUGUUCCAAGGGUCCAUCCUAGAGAACAGCAGGCCUGGAGAAACCAUUGUCACUCUGACAAUUGCUGAUAAAGAUGUGUCUGCAGAAAAUAGACAGAUUGUAUGUUAUAUAACAGAUGGAGACCCAUUGGGCCAGUUCUCAGUCACAGCAGCAGGGGACGAGUGGACAGUGAUUUCCAAAAGUCCGCUUGACAGAGAAGACAAAGACAAAUAUACCCUUAAUAUAAUAGCGACAGAUGGAAGAUUUCAAACCUCUGCCAAUGUUGAAGUCCAUGUUCUUGACCUCAAUGACAACAGUCCUUUGUGCGAGCAAUUACUUUAUACCGAGACAGUCAUGGAGAAUUCCUCAUCAGGCUUGUUCAUCCUGAAGAUCUCUGCUUCUGAUCCCGACAUUGGAACAAAUGGCCUGGUGUCAUUUACUCUGCACGGACCUAAUGCAGACAAGUUCCAUCUUGACUCCAAAACUGGUGAGCUAUACACUCUUGCAGUCUUGGACCGCGAGCAGGAAUCAGCAUAUGAUCUUGUUGUCAAAGCGACUGAUGGUGGUGGCCGCUCUUGUCAGACAGACGUCACACUCAUGGUGCAAGACAUGAACGACAACCCGCCACAAUUCUCCACGAGCCAUUAUGAAAUCACUGUGUUUGACAACACCACGAUAAGGACGCCUAUUGCUGUCAUCUAUGCCAAAGACCCAGACACAGGUAUGAACUCAGAGGUGAGGUAUUCUCUUCAAGGUGCCGACAGUGGCUUCUUCUCCCUAGAUGAAAUCUCAGGCAUUUUGAGACUGGAGAGAUCUCUAGCUGAGGAGACCAAGUCCGUUUAUGAGAUGAAAGUUAAAGCCACGGAUCGAGGCCUCCCUCGACUUUUCUCCUUUGCCACGAUUGCAGUUCAUGUUGUCAUCCUGAGUGAUUAUCAGCCAUUGUUCCUUAGCUCGGAGUACUAUGUACAGAUCCCAGAAUCAUUCCAGGUCGGGUCGGAGGUGAUCAGUGUGUCUGCACGCACCAAAGAUGACACCGAUAAUGAGCCUGUGCGAUAUACUAUCCUCUCUGGCAAUGAAGACGGCCGAUUCCAGAUAAACCCCAUGACAGGUUUGCUGUCGCUGAACGCUGCGCUGGAUUUUGAGCUCUGCCGCGAGUAUUACCUGUCAGUGGAGGGUGCACGGGGCAAACCACUGCUCAGUGACAUCGCCACGGUUAUCAUCAAUAUCACAGACGUCAACGACAACCCACCUGUCUUUAACCGCAGUAGCUACAGAACUGUGAUUGCAGAGGACAUUUCACCUGGGGACAUAGUUCUGCAGGUAACUGCCAUCGACCUUGACGGGCCUCCGAAUAACUUCAUCAUGUAUUCCAUUGUGAAUGGUGAUCCAAAGCAGCAGUUCAGCAUCAACCCUCGCACCGGCCACAUAACGGUGCUCUCCAUGCUGGAUAGGGAAGAGAUAACGCACUACUCAUUAACUGUGCAAGCUGCUGAUGAAGGCAGUCCCCCUUUAUCCUCUGCUGUCCAGGUGACAGUGACCGUAUCUGACGUCAACGACAACCCACCGAUGUUCUCCCAGAUCAAUCACAGCCUCAUUCUUCAGGAAGGGGAGGCUGUGGGCAGUGGAAUUCUGCACCUGCUGGUAACAGACAGAGAUACACCUCAGAACGGCCCUCCCUUCUCCUUCCAUAUUGUCUCGGGAAAUGAGGACAGGAGUUUUUACAUUGACCAAGGAGGACUGCUGUCCGUAUCCUCCCCGCUGAGGAGAAGAGCAAAGCCUCAGCAUCUGCUAAAAAUCCAGGUCACUGACAGCGGCCACCCUCCACUGUCCUCUAUAUGCGUGGUGAAGAUCAACAUCACAGAGCAGAGUCGAUAUCCACCCACUGUGACUCCACUUGAGGUUUUCAUCACCACCGCUGGGGGGACGUUCUCCAAACGUGUCAUCGGCAAGCUGCACGCUACGGACCAAGAUCCCCAAGACAUCCUAACUUACAAACUGGUUUCUGAUGCCCCAGACCGAGGCCUGUUCUCUGUGGAUGAAAUGGAUGGAAAGAUUGUGGUGGAAAAGGACCUGCAGCCAGGCCUGUACCACUUGAAUGUGAGCGUGUCCGAUGGGAAAUUUAGCAUCUGGGCUGGAGUGAAGGUCCACGUUUGGGCUGGAGCUCAUCAUGAUCUGGAUCAGGGCUUCACGUUGCAGUUGGCUGGACUUUCGGCUGAAGAGUUUGUGUCCGAUCACUGGAGAGGCCUCCAGCGCAGCCUGGGCUUGGAGCUAAACAUACCCAGACAAGAGCUGCACAUCGCCAGCUUGCAACAGCAACCAAACUCCGUCAACAUGGAGGUACUGCUGAUCCGUCGAGCUCAGGAUGGCUCUGUCCAGCCGGUGCCUGUUCAGCGCCUGACUGGGGUCCUUUCGACUGUAGAAGAUACAUUGGGUUUGAAUGUCUUGAGACUGAAGCAUGAUGGUUGUGUGGGAGCUGGUUGCCCACCCCGGGGUUGCAGGAACGCAGUAGUGAUGAGGCAGGGGAGAAUGAGUAACUACGCCACAGCACGGGCCAACUUCAUCACCCCGCAGCACAGCUGGGAGAGCGUGUGCUCCUGCAACGAAUCGGCUGUGAGAUUUGAUGGCAAGGGUUAUCUAAAAUACCUCUAUCAAAUAGAAGAUGGCAGAGAGAACUUCCAUCUGUCUUUCCGACUCAAGACAUCUGCUGCAGAGGGCACAGUGAUGUCCACCAAUGCCUCUGACUGGGGGACGUUAGAGCUGGUGGACAAGGAGCUGUGGCUCAGAUAUAGCUGUGGCAACAUGCGUCCUGCCAGUAUGCAGGUGGCCAACCACCCUGUGGCUGAUGGCCGCUGGCAUGAUGUCUCUCUGGAAGUCAAUGGCACAACCCUUAGACUGACCAUCGAUUCCAGCCACUCCAACUCUGUCGUUCUGCCACAACCCUGCAAGCUGACUCAGUCCGGUGGGGCUCUGGUGCUGGCCAGCUCUGAUCCCAGCACAGAUGCAGAGCGACUGGGCUUCACAGGCUGUUUGGAGAGCUUACAUUUCAAUGGAGAAGCAGUGAGAGGAAAGGAGGGGGUGACAGGAACUGGCCUGCAGUCUGGCAGACUCUUUGGGAUCUACCAGUGCUGCUCUGAUGUGAAGAUCUGUGCCAGUAAUCCUUGUGAGAACGGAGGCACUUGUGAGGAAGACUCCAGCGGAGGGUUUCGCUGUAGCUGUCCAUUGCCAUACAAUGGCUCUCGCUGUGAGAACGGCAAGCUGCCGGACGAUCCUUGUGCAUCCCAGCCAUGUGCCGGUGGAUUGUGUAUGCCAAAACAUCAAGGGUACAUCUGCAACUGCUCCACACAAAUUGCUGGAAACAGAUGUCAGAUUGCGUGCACUCCAAAUCCAUGUCUGGAUGGUUUCUCCUGCUCGAUGGCACAGAACUCGAUCUACUGUGAGCGCACCACCACCUCCCCUUCUUAUGUUGAAAUCGCAGAGAUCUGCGCAGGCGUAUUGGGGCUUGUCCUCCUCGUUGUGGCCUUCGUGUGUUUCCGAAAACGCUACGUCAGCAAAAAGAAGCACAAGUCCGGCUGCGUGCAAGACUCCAACGGUUACUUCCCGACUUUACCUAAAAGCAUGAUGAAAGAAACUGAGAUCAGCUCUCCCAUGGAGAUCAACACCCUGAUUGGCUCCGUAGGCGAUCUGGACAACAGUCCUUUCCGAUCACUGAAGCCUCGUGAACAGCGGGAGCUCGGCCCUCAGGUGGGACCCCGGUCUCAGAGGCCUCAGGGUCCUGUCAUUUGCAGCGUGGCCCCCAAUCUACCUCCGCCACCCUCCACCAGCUCUGAUAACGACUCUAUUAUGAAAAAUAAUUGGGAGCACGACUACGAAGUGUAUCCAGCCGAUCCAGACUACUAUGGCCGACCCUCCGUUCAAGAGUUCCCCCAGUUUGACAUCGUAGAAAGCACCUACUCGACUACUGCCACAGAGUCGCGCAGGAACUCUCGUUUCGGAGGCUUCCCUUUCCCGCUGGACCGCGCCGACCGCCGCGCUCCAUUACCCCCUUGUUACAGCAAUCAGAACUUGGAUGACUUCUUGGGGUCGGACGGUCUGCCGCUGCCCAGCUCUCAGUGCCCUAACGAGUACACGGCCAUAAGCUACUACCCUACCCAGCACACUCGCAGCAUGGACAACGUCUCCAGCAGCUAUAAGAGGCUCAGUGUGCGUUUGAGCGUUGCACAGCCUUCAUAUGCGGACAGCGGAGGAUCCACUCGGCCUGGAUCUACUAGAAGGACAUCUCGCAGUUAUGCUGGCUCAGACAUGGUGGAGAGUGACUACGGCAGCUGUGAGGAGGUCAUGUUCUAGGCAACAAAAAGGAUCAAAGGUCCCGUAUGAGUGGGGAAGGUUAUGUCGUGCAUAUAGUAUAUGAAGCUCAAAGGCUAAAAGCCACAGAAGCACUAUCAGUAUUAAUAGUCACUUUCAGGGAAAACAAAUGCAUCUGUGUGAAAUGCAGCUUUUCUUAUUGUUUUGCCCUUUACAAAUCUGUAGAAUUAUUGCAUGACCUUAAAAUGUCUACAGUGUGGUUAUAAAUUACGUCUUUUAGUGUCUGGAGAUAAUGCGCCCUUAUUUGUUCUUGCGAGUUCAAUCGCACACCGUCCGGUUUGGUUGAGAAAACUAUGUGACAUGACGUGCUGGCAAAAUGAGUCGCAAUACGCAUAGGCUAACAGGCGAAACAAGUGAAAAAUAUCAAUUUCGGUCGAAAUUGAGGUUUUCACAAAAAUGAAUUCAUUAAGCAAUCCCAAUGCUCCAAAUAGCAAUUAAACAUCUAAGUAUCUUUAUUUGUAUGUUUUCUGAGAGGAGUACCUUUCCUUUGACCAUGAAAAAUGCUGUUUUUCUCUGCUUGCUUCUCGACGACUGGUGCUUUCCUCAGCACAAGUUUGGUAUCAUUUUAAAGCGCAGCAUUACAACUUUGUGAAUAUUCAUAGUGAAUUCUCGAUGGCAUGAAUCUGAACCAAUGAAAUGUGAUUUUCAAACUCAUGCUGAUGUAAAAAAAAUGAUCUAACACGCGCUGACCGACAUAUCCGAAGCGCGCACACAAAGACGCCUCAGUGCGUGAUCCCGAUAUACACUUAUACACUGAAUUACAGUAAUUGCAAAAUCCGUCUCGGCAAGUAUUUCAUGCAAUCAUUAUCUGUUAUGUCUUAAGUGAAAAACAUGUGAUGUGUAACCUUACAUUAGAAAUGUUUGGUACUGUCCGUAACUUUUUUGUACAAAAAUUAUAUAAUGAGCGAGUACAUCAUGAAUCCGUUUUCCAAACUGUGUUUUUGUCUUAUCCUGAAUCACUACGGUACACCUAUAAUAAGUGUUUAUAUUAGACAGGUCCGGUGCGGAGUAGCACAGUACCUGCGUGACUCGUCAAAGACAUAAACAGAGAGUUCCAGCUACAAUGUUCUUCCGCAAGACGCAUGCAGUUCUGUUUAUUAACCACUAGAGUGCCAAAAGUUACGGACUGUAGCUUUAAUAUAUAGGUUGUCUGUUUCAUUAAUGUGUGUUCACACUUGUCACGUUUGGUUCGACUAAAACGAACCCUGGUGCGAUUGCUCAGUUAGUGCGGUUCAUUUGAGCAUGUGUGAACGCUACCAUCCGAACCCUGGUGCGCACCAAACAAGCAGACCAAGGCCGCUGAAUAGAUGGGUCUCGAUCCGCUUCCAGACGAACUCUGGUGUGGUCCAAAUGAUAUAUGAACGCAACACGGACCAAAGACAUGUAAACCAAACCAAAAACAGGAAGAUAAGACCCUAAAAACGACAGAAUCCUCAUGCAUAUCGGUUUUUCUCAUCAUAGUCGCGAGUUUGCCCAUCACAGGCAGCACUCCUUUUGACUCCUUUACACAUUUUAUAAGCUCUUCAUGAGUUCCCAGCUGGCCAAAAUACCAUCAUAUGCAGGCUACGCACACACAAUGAGUGCAUUUACCUCAGCACACGGCAUUGUUUUUGGAUGUUCAGUAAGUUCCGUCUCAAAAUAGGCAAUACGUCAUAAAAUCCGUCAUAAAAUCAGGUUGUGAAUGUAUCCCUGUGCCUUUAGGUUCGGUAUCUUUUGGUUCGAAAUUGGCAAUCUGAACACUAAUUGGACCUUUGUGCAGACCAAACAAACCAAACGUACUGAAGUACAAGUGUGAACGCACCCUAAUCAAACAAUUGUGGAAUCAUGGAAAAAAGUUGAAUAUAUAUUCCUAUAGAUACGGGUUUUGACGUAGUUUGUGCCAAAUUUGGUGGUAUUACCAGGGAUUUUAAACUAUGAUUGCUUGAUAAUUUUGUUUUGGAACCUUCAGAAAACUCUCAGAAUUUACUCUAUCGACUUCAAACAGGUGUAGCUCAGUCAUUUUUUGUCAGAUUCCAACAAAUCAUACACCAUUUUAAUAGAGAACGUGAGUAUAACAAUAACUAAUUUUUGAAAAUUUGCUCAUUCUGACUCAUUUUGGCAGCAAGGGUCACAUAUGUUAUUAUUAGCAUUGACUGAUUGUAGUGUUGCAUGUCAUUAUCAGGUUGGAUGCCAGCUGUGGGACGGAUGAUUACAUCUGCAAACAAAGCUGAGGUGUGUUGUUCUUGCAACCCAUAUGUGCUCACCGAAACCAGUGUGCUAUGAAAUUUGAAUCAUGUUCAAGUGUACCAUAUGGUAUAAAGAUUUUUAGCGAUGCAAGGAAUACAGAAGCACAUUUCACUACAACAAAACAGCAGUAUAGUGGUUAUAUUGAUUUGUACAGUCGACUGAAGCAGAGGCUGGUUCUCUGCUGGAUCAAAACAUUAAGCACCCAAUGUGAAAUAUUACAUGUUUGUUCAAAAAAUAUCAAAUAUAGUUCCCCGCAAGUUGAUGUGUUAUUGGUUACUGGGAAAUUUGCGAGUACCCUUAGGCUGUGUAUGAAUUGCUGUGUUUGGUGAAGAGUACUUUUAAAUGUGAACUAUGCUUAAGCUUCUUAUGCUGCAGAUCUUAUACAGUUUCAGAAGGUUUCAGUGAUCUGAGGCAAUCAUACAGCUUUUUAAUGGCUCAUUAUGCUUCUUGACAAACUGUCUAAUGCUUACUAAUCAUUAAAAAGAUCAAAAAUACUGCCAAAGUAUGAAAGAAAUUGGAUUGAUUGAAGAAUCGUGUGUGUGUGUGUGUGUGUGUGAACAUCACAAACAACAGCUGCAUUUUAUAUUCUGAAGCGCUUCUGUCUUUGAUCCAUGUUCAUAACAGUAAUGUCAUCUUUAGGGCACAAUAUUUUUGUUUUGUUUUGAGAAGUUAUGAAUAGGGAUUUCCACCACAGCACAUCUUAUUGGAUGCAAAGAUGAGCUGAAUGCGAUUCAUUUAGCAGACUGGUGCAUGCGUCAUCAAAUUGUAUCUGCAUGCGCUCAAUGAAACCACUUCCUUCCGUCAUUGACUGCUACUGUACGUCAUUGUAGUGUUUAGUCUGUAGUGUUUCAAAUGACAUAGUACAGUGUUGACGUACAUAUUAAUGGCAGCUGUUGCAAGUAUUUGUUAUGAUCUGCCGGAUGUUUGUGCAGUGGCUGUGGUAUGUGUGAAUGUAUUUUUUUCUUUUGUAUUUUGAAAAUUCAAUGUGGGACAAAUCCCAUGUUUAAAAUGAGUUCCUCUGUGAGAGAAUCUGUGUUGUCUUUGACAUUUCCAAUCUCUGUAGAAAACACUAUGAAAUAUAUUAAAUAAAAUUAUGUUUAAUAAACAGAA